CAACUCACUCCACUCCUUCCAACACGUGGUUUCUGUGAAAAACAUGUGUUUUUGUUUUUGAUUUUUUUUCUGUGUGUGCUGCGUAAUUUUAUAAAAACAAAGUUUACGAAUAAAUAAAAAAUGUUGUACGUGUUCCAAGUCGACACCGGAACGAUGCUCACUUUUGACAUGAAUUUGGCCUUGGAAACGGUGGGCACGCUGCAAACGGCGAUAGCAACCACCCAAGAAAUCCCCCCGAAUUCACAGGUUUUGCUAAUUUCCGGGGGCGUUCCCUUGGUUACGGACUCACGAGUUUGUAACUAUCCAGCUGGCACGGAUACGAAUCCUAUAUUUUUAUUUAAUAAGCUGAAUAUUGAGCAAAAUAUAAUUUCGUUGGUGUCAUGGCAACCUGUUAGUGUUCCCGAGAAUUUGCUACAAUUUGAUGAAUUACCAACGGGGAAUUUAAAUUAUGGGACUUUUCAUAGUUAUGCGACAAAGGCGGGAUCGAUUAUGAAGGUUUCCAAGGAAAUCUUGGCCAGCUCCGAGAGAUUAAUCCAUGACCAGUACUUACAGCAUUUGGGGUGGGGCGCCGUGGUCGCGAAUUUAGAAGACAUCGUCAGCGUCUUUAAGAAACGUGUAGAAAAAUUUGAAAACGAUUUUUGGAAAGAAUUCGACAUUGGCGAAGGCGGAUUGGAGUUGGACGUCGUCGAGGGGUUACCAACGACGAUUGAAUCCUUGGCCACGAUUUCCAUGCCAACGGAAUUAUCGACAAAUUCCUCAAAUUUACUCCAGUGGUUGAACACGACGACGACGAAUUCGAGUUCGCUGAUACUUUCGUUACCUUCGCAAUACGCUAAAACCAUGGAGGUUUUGGACAAAAGUGUCAUCGAGGGGUUGCUCAAGGACUCCACUUCGACAAUCUCCAAGUCCACGCUCCCCUCCAUGAAGCAAAUCAAAGGCCUCUCGCACCGGCUCUACUCCCUGGACCAACUGCUGCUAGCCUCGAGAUCCACCAUCGGGGAUUCCACCACGCUCUGCGCCUCCCUCUUGGCGACCACCCAGCGCGCCACCUCCCUCGCGGACAACAACAUCCUGCCCACCCUCAGCGAGUCCCACUUGAAACAGCUCCACGCCAUGGUCGAAAACCUGCUCAAAAUCCAGGACAUCAACAAAAGGUGUUCCAAAGCCAAGGAGGAACUGCUCGGAAACCUGAACACCCGGCUGAAAUGGGUCAUUUUCGUGCAGAAGCAGAUUUCCGAGCUUAAUUUGAAAUUAAGUGUUUACUCCGAGGCUCUGAGGAAGUUUAAGAAUCUGAAGAGCGUCAUCAAACAGGUGGACAUUGCCUCCUCCGUCUUUGCCUCCUGCGUGGACGAGGUUGCUAGGCGACGAAAUUUCGAGACCAAGUACAACCGCGACUUGAUAAAAGUGCAAUUAAACCUAAAACAAGACUUCCAGCACGAACGCGAGCAACGCAAAAGUUUCCAUGGAAAAUUCAAAAACCAUUUUUUGUACAACACGCUGUUCGAAAAACUAGGUUCGGAAAAUGGUUCGGAAUUUUGGUGGGAAGGAUUCGAUCCAGAAUCCGAAGAGUUUAAAAAAAUGGUUGCCAUGGAAAUUGAGCAGAAUUUGGAGAACGUCGCCAUGGAAACGGAUAAAUUAAAGGAAUGCCAAGAGAAGAUUCAAAAUUUGAACGAGGAGCAUGCGCGUGAAAUUUUGGAACUUCGCGAAAAUUACGAAAAGCGAAUUUGGGAGAUGAAGGAAGAGUUUAAAAACGAGGUCGAGGCCGUAAAAUCCAGAUUUAAAUUCGUUGCUAAGCAACAGCAACAAUUGGAAAUUAUCAGCGAGACUGAAACCCCCGUGAAAAUCGGGGGCCAACAACAACAAAUCGAGGAGGAGGAACACGUCCCCGGAAUUGUCGACUCGUUGUCACGGAAACUCUCCCUGACUUCGACUGGCCCGUGCAAGAUCGGGGACCGUGUUUUAUUGUAUUAUAAUGAGAAAUACGAGGCUUUCGUCGUCCAUGGCAACAACGGCGGCUCCGUGCAUUUCGUCCACACGGAAAAUGCCAUGGAAAUGAAAAAAGAGUUUUGCUACCUGGGCAGCGUGCUCGACAAGGAAUACUGCGUCGCCAGGAGGGCCCAAAACCGAUACAAAGUUCCACAAGGAUUCCACUUUUACAGAGUUAAAGUUUUAUUAGCAGAGAAUUUUAUAUUAAAUUAAUUGCCAUGGAGAUUUUUAUA